AUGCAUUUGUUGAAAACAGUUUUGAAGUCAUCGUAUUUUUUCUAGAAUACCUCAAAUUUUAAUGUUUAAAACUUUCAAGUGAGUAAGUAACCCAGAAAAUUAAAUUAAGGACUGGUUUUUGGGGAGAUGGCUCCAGCGACGCGGAGUGGCUUGAGGAACGCCACCGUCGCUGAGAUCGCCCGGCUGCUGCGGAGAGACGCCCCCGCCGCCUCCGGGGGCCAGACCGGCCGGCGCCGCCGCCAGGAGGUGCCCAGGGACUCCGCCUCGGGAGGCUCCAGGAAGAGGGUCACCUGGAUCGAGCCCGCUCCCUCCGGCGACUCCAGGAAGCGUCCCCCUUCCAGGAGGAGGUCGUCCAAGAGGCGAGCGUCGUCCAGAAGGUCGUCUUCCAGGAGACGAUCCACCAAGAGGUCUUCCUGCAGCGGGAGGCGGGCUUCCCACGGGCGGAGACCAGCUCCUUCCAGAGGACACUCCAGGAGGAAGACUUCGGCGAGGUCCUCUUCCAGGAGACGUCCCGGAAGGAGGCGCGCCGGCGAAGGAGGCGACUCGCGCCAACACUGCGUCCAGGAGAAGAAACAGGAUCGCGAGGUCGACGGGACCCGCGAAAAGACGUCCUGAGAGCCGCCGCGGUAGUCGCGGGAUCCGCAAGAACGGUGAAAUCACUCGCUCAACGCCGCUUCCACGUACCUGUCCGCCGUGAACCGGAGUUUUGGGCGUACAUGACGCCACAUAUUUGAUAUUUGAAAUUUUACAGGUGUUUUAGAACUUCAAGUAUGUGAAAAAAAAAUUUUGAUAGCAUUUUAUCGUGAGUUCAAUAAAAUGUUAAUUUUGAUAUUUUUUUUUUAAGGUUCUCAGCGUCACACUCAUUUAUUUGCAACUUUAUAGUAGCGACUUUCAUGUCCUUAACACUAAAGUGUUUUUUUUUAUAGAAAAUGAUCACUUUCAUGUAAAUUUUCAAGUAGUGCACAUAGUAUAUUUAAUGAAUUGAAACGUCGACAUAAGGUUUUUCUGCAUCUGCUGAAACUUGUGCAUAAGUAGGAACCAAAACGUAUGUAAUGAUACGGAAAAAAAAAUCUUAAGUUGUUUAAAAUAAUUGAA